AUGGUUGAAGGGGAAACGGUCGAGGAUGAUGCAUGGCCUCUCUCGGCAGAGUCAACCGAUGAGGAGAUGGAUGACUUGGUUCGGCGACGAGUUGCUGAUAGGACACUUUUCCAUGCUGCAGGCACUGCAUCCAUGGGCAAAGUAGUCGACAGCGAGCUCUGCAUCAAGGGAAUCGAAGGAUUGAGAGUCGUUGAUGCAAGUGUGAUUCCAUUUCCGUUGGCGACACACCUUCAGAUGUGCGUCUAUGCAAUUGGCGAACAGGCAGCAGAUAUCCUCCAAGGGCACCACACUGUCUGA